AUGCCCGGCCCCGCGAAAACGAAAUACUCCGGAAACGGCUCCUGGGACCAGAACUGGACGUCGGCAAUGGAAAGCAUGGUCCGCCGAGGUCACGAUGAGGGCAAGGACAUCCACGAAAUCACGGAUGACUUGCAUGGCGCGUACGGGCUUGCUCGCUGGGAAAGCGUGCGCGACAAGAUGAAGGAGCUGUGGCCGGGGGAGGCUGUCAAGGGGGCCUGA